UUCCUUUCCCCCUGGGGCCUAUCUGCCCAGUCCUGCUCCAGCUUCAGGAGGAGUUGCAGUGGCCUGGCCAAGUGCCCUCAUCAAGUGAGCUGGUCUCCACUCCUGCCCGUGCCUGCUGUCAUGGGAAUGACCCUGUUUCUCCUCCUCUUGGGGGGCAUCUGGACUCAAGGGCUGAUUCCAGAGCCUACAAACAUCACAGCCACUUUGGAGAUGUCUGCUCCGGGAGCGUCCUCUCUUUCUUUGGUCCCAACUGUCUCUGAGGCCCCAAACCUCAACUCAGUGACCCCCAACCCUAUGACAACAAUGGUCUCUGAGAAGGGCAACGGCACCAAACCCCAGAUCUUCCCAUCUACCCCAGACCCCUAUACAGCCAGUGAAGUGUCCUUUCCUGAGGCUUCCACUGUGGCCACCAGUGACUUCCAGGUAUCUGAGCCAUCAAACCCAGAAAUUGAUGCAGACAGUAACCCUGCUGAACCGCGAAGAAACUCUCUGGCACUCCACGUUAUGACUAACGGAACCAUGGCUACUGGCUCUCUGGAGACCUCUGAUGUAGCCGGUGGACCCCCUGUCACCACGGCAACUGGCUCUCUGGAGAUCUUUGAUGUAACCGGUGGACCCCCUGUCACCAUGGCAACUGGCUCUCUGGAGACCUCUGAUGUAGCCGGUAGACUCCCUGUCACCAUGGCAACUGGCUCUCUGGAGACCUCUGAGGUAGCCGGUGGACCCCCUGUCACCAUGGCAACUGGCUCUCUGGAGACCUCUGAGGUAGCCGGUGGACCCCCAGUCACCAUGGCAACGGGCUCUCUGGAGACCUCUGAGGUAGCCGGUGGACCCCCUGUCGCCACGGCAACAGGCUCUCUGACCACCCCUAAGGGGACCAGUGGCUCCCCCAUCUCCUCGGUGAAAAAGCUCACGGUGACUACCUCAGCGUCGUCCUCCGAAAACACAAGCAGGACCCCACUUCCAGAUCAGGGGACAAAGGGCACCCUGCUGGUGGCUGUGCUUGUGGCCCUGCUGGUGGUCACUGUCCUCGUGGUCCUACUUCUGCUGUGGCGCCGAAGGCAGAAGAGGAGGACGGGGGCGCUGACGCUAAGCAGGCCUGGCAAGCGCAAUGGGGUGGUCGACGCCUGGGCUGGGCCGGCGCAGAUGUCGGAUGAGGAGGCCCUGACAGCCCCCGCAGCGGGGUCUGGGGGCGAGAAGGGCUCUGGGGCGUCUGCGGGGGAGGGGGCCGCCCGGCAGCCCACGCUCACCACUUUCUUGGAUGGAGGCAAGGCCCCCCGGUGCCCCUUGGAGCUGGAGGAGCUGAAGGCCGGGGCCGGCUCCCUGCUCAAGACGGAGGAGGAGCCGCUGGUGGGCAGCGAGGAGGAGGCUUAGGGGGGGCCAGAAGCCGGGGAGGCGGAGGCCCCUCCGUGCUUGUGAAGAACGAGAGCGGAGGUCAGAACCGUUCCCAGCUUCCAUCAGCUCUGGCCUCCUCGUCUCCCCCCCAUGUUCAUCCCGAACCCUCCUCCGGCUUCUCAACCCCGGGGUCUUGCCGCCCGGCGCCCACACCCGGCGCCCAGAGGGCCCCCACCCACGGGACGCUUUCGGACUGAGUCAGGAACCCUCCCUCGCUGAUUCUGACCUCUCCCCAGCGCCUCCUCCGUGUUUUUGUCCUCGAGACCGAGCUGCGCUGUCCCCAUAAACGCGUCUUUGAUCCAUGACUUCGCAGAGGACUGUCCAGGGACACCAGAGUCUAUGAAGGAGGAUGGAAGCAAGUUCCCACCUAGGAUCGUUCUGGAAAGUACUUUUGGCCCCAUAGAUUAGGACAGUCCUACUGGGUCAGCCUUGUGCGGUGCUCCGUGUGGGGCCACCUGGAGUAACCCAGCCGUGCUCCCGGGAGUGCAGGUGACACCCCUGGCCCCCCCACCUGCGGACUGAGGCGGCCGGAGGCGGCAGCUGCUUCUCCUGCCAAGGGCAGAGGUGAGAAGAGUUUCCGGGCAGGUGUCGUUCUCAGAAACGCCCGCACCUGCGCCGGCCGGGCCUGGGCGCCGUUGGCGGCAAGAGGCAAGGCCUUGGCUCUGUGUGCACUUGUGGUGGUGAGUACAGCCCGCGGGAAGAGGGGGCAGCAGGGGCUGCCGAGGCUGCAGAACCGCGGAGAACAUUCGGGCCCUCGUCUUUGCACAGGUGGGGUGGAGGUAGCAGAUUUACCUCGGUCUGUAGCCCAAUAAAGAAUGUGGGGCUUGAUAGAAAGACUGCA